AUGCUAUCCAUCAUCAUUGCAGCUUUCUUUGCUGCGCGGGCUGUGAGUAGUACCAUGGUCCCCCGGCAUGAUGGCCAAAACGAAAGCUCGCCUGCCUCCACCAGCACAAGCACGAGCACAAAGUUUGUCUAUAUCACAAGAUACACUCCCAUACAUCCGAAGCCUACCACCACCCAACGUUCGGGUCUUCGGACGAGAACGAUCCUCGUCACAACGACUGUGACUGGCAAUGUGACUACCUCCAGCACUUCGAAGCACUCAGCCGGAUCGGGUAGCAGCUCAAUGCAUCAGUCUUCAAACGCAGCUUCCUGGAGUGGCAUACGGUUUAGUCCUGGAUGGCCUAUACCCCUUCCUUCCAGCUCCAUUGCUAGCUUAACAUCAUCCGCACCUCCACGACGUACUGCGUGGGAUGACGUUCCUAUCCACGGACCUGGGCCACAUGUGUCAAGCUCGACUGGUAUUCCGAAGUUUACUUUCAUAUAUUCGAGCGCUGUCCCUGUUCCCACCACGAAUUCGGUGGUUGUAGUCCAACCUGUUAGACCAAGUCAGCAAUCUUCAACCGCGAUCGUAGUCCAGCCCAUCACACCAAGCCCGCAAUCUUCAACCGCGAUUGUCGUCGUUCCAAUUACCAACAUGCCGCUGGGCUUUGGCUCUGUUCUUCCCAGGGCUAUGGGCCAUUUGCAAGGAGAUCUUGAGCGCCAGGAACACAACGCACUUGACGGUGACAUCGCAAAUCUUGACAGCUUUGUUUCGACAGUUGCAGAGGACUCUAUUGUAACGAUUCAGACCAUCGAGCCUGACAGGUCGCCAAGCUCCGUGCUGGAGGUGAGUCGCACUCGUAGUCCUACUAGCACCCCUACGCCCACUAGUUCCACAAGGACUUCAAAUAAGCCCUCGCCGACGUCCAAACCUCCGCAGACUACAUCCAUCAAGUUCGAUCCGUCAGUUUACACCACCAUCAUCUCCGCAGAUUCUCGCUGCCCAUACCCGUAUCCCGGCAUUUACUGCGGCAAGCCAGAAACAACGCUUGUGACGGAAACCAAGAAAGAGAAAACCACCACACAAAAGGAUAAACAACCUACGGCUUCGAGUGGGUGCCCGUAUCCAGGACAAGAGUGCUGA